AUGGCUCGAGACGGGGACGAUGUACUUCCAUUACCCUCAGAGGGAACGUACGGCAUAUUCGAAGAUCCCGGUGGGUGCCACGGGAAAGUCAAUAAGCCAGCAUGUGACGCACAAUUAAUAAAAGAUGUGGAGACUGCAUUGGGAGCACACCAAAUUAAGGAUGACGAAUUGCCCAGUCAUAUUGUACAAAACUGGCAUUAUGCAUGUACAAGGAGCAGUGACGCGCAGCUUAACAGGGACCUCUGUUAUUUUUUUUAUUAUUGGUUGGGUACUGAAAUAAUAGCGAAGAAGCCUGAGGCGGAAGAUUUUGCGAAUGCCAUGAAGGCAGCUUACAAGAACCUGGACCAAUCUAAGUGUAAUAAUAGUUGCACUAACAUUUACCCAGAUAUUAUUGACACCUAUUUCGGAUGGGCAAAAAAUCUAUUCGAUUAUGAAUAUAACAUUAAAGCAUUAAAGGACGCAGCUAAUUGUAGGAAUACUCUUGCUGGUGAUAAGUAUACCAAACUGAAGAACGAUUCUGAAAAAGCAUAUAAGGAAUUAUGUGAUAGAUGUAAUGAAAAUGGUGAUAAAUAUUGUAAUAAAUUCAAGAAUGAACGUAUGAGUAACGGAGUGUGUAAGAAUCGGAACUUACCGGAACUAACAUGUAAUUCCGCAAACCAAGUGCAGAUCCAAGCAGAGGCACAAUCGGAAGACGAAGCAGGUGUCUCUUCAGAGGAUGACGACGACACCGACGAAGAUGACAUCAACCUCCUCGACCUGGACAAACUGUCUGAGGAGGAAGAGGACGAAGACGGCUUGCCGGAAGGAACAUUAAGGGUGAAAAAAUUAAAAGAAUUACCUUCAAAUACAGAGUACUAUGAAAUGUUCAAGCAAGACUCAAUCCAUUGUACGGAACCUGACGGGUGGCCUAAACAAAUGAAAGUUAAAUUAAAUGAAGAUACGGAAACUGCAAAUUUUGCCGAACAAAUUGUAGGAGCACUAUGUUACGUUGAAAGUAAGAAGAGAAAUCCUGGGCCUAAUAAUGAAUAUUGCAAUUUCUUCUAUUUUUGGCUGGGAAAAGUGUUAUCGACGAAAUUUAAGAAAGGUUCAGAGUUCAAUAAGAUUAUGAAAAAAAUUAAAGAUAUAAUGGCCGAGUGGGUGAGUGAUCAUGGUUGCACCUUUUCAUGCACUAAUAAAAAGCACCAUAAGUUUUUCAAAGAAAGAAAAUUGCUAUUUGAAUACCUCAAGGACAAGACAAAAAUAAAGGAACAAAUAAAUAAUGGUACGGUUAAAUGUACUCAGAAUUACUUCACUUACUUGCAGAAAAUUUCUAAUACUUACCUGACCAUGAAAGCACAAUAUAACGGGAAGCAAGGGAAUCAAAUUUGCAAAGAAUUUAGGGAAAUUUUUGACCAAGAAGUGGGGGGGAAAUUAAGUGAAGUGCUAAAUUUGACAUGUGCAGUAGUAACUACAACAAAGAAUGCAGUAUCAGCUGACUCCACAUCCGGAGUAGGGGGUACCACCCCUGGGAACAACAAAAUCACUCCAAUCGUCUCUUCCAUAUUAGGAAUAGCAGCAUUACCAAUAACCACCUUUUUUUUAUAUAAAUAUGAUCUUUUACCUUCUGCAAUAAAGAACACCAUCUUUGGAGGAGGAAGGAACAAUAACAACAAUAAUAGAAGGAGAAGAAGAGAAAGAUCUGUCAGCAGGAAUGUAUUCGAUAUAUUAACAGAAGACGACACUUCCACACUAUAUUCAACAGAAACAGGUUCAACAGCGGAAAAAGCUUCCACAACAACAGAUUCGACAGAUGGUGCAUCUACCAUGUAUAAUGAAAUGGAAGAACGCGAACAGGAAGAAAUACUGCACCAAGUCAUCACCGGAAGAAUGUAG